UGGAGAUCGAUAAAUUGUAUCAAAAUAUAUUUGUGUGUAAUUCAAUACGGAAAUGAGUGAAGGGCGAUCUUCAUCAGCAACAACUGCUUGUAACGUCAAUAAUCUUAGUGAAAGACUUCAAAAUCAAAUGUUUUUGCAAAAUCAAUCACUGAAUAUGCAUAUUGAAGAGGAGAGGCUGAAAACGUUGUCUCGCUGGAAUCUUGAAAAUGUUGAUAAGUUCACUAUUGCGAUGUUGGGCUUGUACUUUGUGAGGGAGCCGGAUGUAUUAAAGUGUGCCUUUUGUUACGUGGAAAUUAUGAAUUGGAAUCCUGAAGAUGAUAUCUUUCUCAGACACUUUAUGGAGAAUAGCUACUGUUCUUUGUUGACAAUGAAAGCCAACAAUAAUGUCGCCUUGAAUCCUGAAGAGCUGGAUCGCCUGCUUAUAAAUCUGUCUUUCUAUCCACAAUCGUUUAACGAGGAACGAUCUGAUAAUGCAAUCGAGGAAUCUAGCGAGGAAACAACGGAGGAAGCUGGAAAUGCAGUCGCUUCGACUGAACCUGAGGAGUCAGCUUCUGCCAUCUGCGCCUUUCCCCACUAUGAAAUGGAUGAUGAUCGUUUUCGAACUUAUGACAACUGGCCGCUGAAUUCCUCAAAAACCCGCACGGAAUUAUGCGAUGCUGGAUUCUUCUACACCGGCAAGAGUGAUAUUGUAACUUGCUUCUUUUGUGGCGGCAGUUUAGGCGAAUGGAAGGAAGAAGAAGAUGUCUGGGAAGCCCAUGCCUUUUUCUUUACCGAUUGCUCAUAUGUGAAAUUCGUAAAAGGAGAUGAAUAUAUUGAUGAAGUGAAACUCAGAUAUAACAAAGAACUCUCUCUAGAAGAGGUGGUUUCAGAGCAAAUUUCACAGUUAUCAUGUUCGGAUGAAUGUGAAGAUGAGAGAACAAAAAGGGAAAAAGAUACUGAAUUGAAAAAGGCAAUGUCAUCAGAUAAAAGCUGCAAAAUUUGUUAUGACCAGGAAUACAAUACCGUAUUUCAACCUUGCACUCAUGUAGUUGCGUGUAAGUCUUGUGCAACUUUAGUUAAAAGAUGCCCUCUUUGUCGAGAGGUGAUUCAAUCGGUUACAGAAAUACACUUAGCUUGAGCAAUUAUCACAGCAGAAGCAGAAAUAUGCCUUUCUUCUUACCAUUUGGGAUUACUGCAAUCUACCGAUAACCAGAGCCGAGACCAACGUUCACACCGGGAAACCUUCUCAAGUGAUAAGCAUGUUUUCUAUCUUAUAUUUUUAUUGCUUUUUUUCUCGGAAAUAAAGUCAAU